AUGUAUAUCAACAGUUCAAGGUUCAGAUUAGGGGAAGGUCAACGGGCGGGGCUUCCGUUUUGGUGCAAGGGGACAAGAGGAGCCGAGCCUCAGGCGUUGGACGUGCCGGCAAGGUAUCCUACAUCUGAACUGAAUUCUUUUUGGUUAAAGAAUCUCUUUCAAGUUGCUCUGGAACAAUUAGGGGAUUCUCUAGAAGAAAUACGGGGUUCUGCUUUUGGCGGCAACAUGCUAUGGGGUGGUGGUCCUGCUUAUGGGCUGCAGUGUUCGAUCCAGUUGCGGAAAUAUUUCGGAUACGAUUACCCAUUCCAGGGAUUGGAUCGGCCGGAAAGUUGUGGAUACCCUGGAUUCAAGCUCAUCUGCAGUGAAAAAGAGCUAGAAAUCACAAUCAGCUCUGCCACAUACCGAGUUCUUGCAAUCAACAAGGCAUCACAAACCUUUCAUGUCUCUAGAACCGAUUACAGUGAGAAUCGUUGUCCCACUCAUCUCAUCAACUCCACUUUUGAAAGUGAAACCAGAACUUUUCGACAAAACGGGGAUAGUCAGGAUUUAAGGCUGUAUUAUGGUUGUCAGCCUCUCACAGCUCCACAAAAUCUCACAUCAGUUCUCGGGAUUUCCAAUCGAUUCGACUGCACAAUAAAAAAUACAACUAUCGUAGGUUAUUAUCUGACAAGGGAAUUCGCGGGAACUGUCAUCGGCAAUUUCCUGAGAUCUUGCAGUAACAGUGUGAUUAUUCCAGUUUCGAAUUCUCAAGUUCCGUCACUGGAGGAAGGCCGGGAUCCAGAUGAUUUGGAAGAAGCGGCUAAAAUUGGGUUUCAGCUGGGGUGGUCUGCCGAUGAUACCCGUUGUAAUAAUUGUGUAAACAAAGGUGGGCAGUGCGGGCGUAACCUCGUCUCAGGUGAAUUUGAAUGUUACUGCUCAGAUGACGACUUUUGUUCCCCAGGUACAAUCUUUGUUCUUUGCUGUACCUGUUCAAAUAUCUCUUGUAGUGGGAUUUAAGUCGUCCGAUUUCGGUUCCCAGAACCCAGUCCCCAAGCCAGAAACUUGGGAUUUUGAUGCCAUUAAAGUUGACCCAUUUGCUAAGCCUAAGCUAAAAAAUUCAACAUUUCCCAUUAGUUUUUCCACGCGUCUCAGUAACAAACUUCACCUACCCAUUCAUCGCUGGCCUACAAAGCUUUCAGCCUGACCUAAUCCAAAAAUACCACCUUCACUUCUUACUCAUCAAGCUAUAUUUCAUAAAUGCUGUUUAUUCAUCAACCAAUAAUAAGCGUAUUGUAUAUUUCAUUCACAGACUCCAAACCCAAAUUCAAAUUCAAGUGGAAGCUACUCAUAGUUAUGAAACAA